AUGCGGCGUGGAUUGAGCGCCCUGCUGCGAGACCGGGGAGGCAGGAUGCUGCCGAGCUGCAGGCUCUUUUGCCUCUUGCUUCUCGUGCAGCAUCACGUAGCGGACGCAGCCUUGAGCUGCGACGCAGAGGACGCCGAAGCAAAGGCGGCAGGGGAUGCAUUUCCUCUCUGUGUCUUUCUAUCCUCGGACCCAGUGCGACGGAUGGUCUUUCAGAUUAAGGUGGAGGAGUCGGCAGAGCUGGUGCUGAAGGACUCGGACAGCAUCGCCUUACAAAACAGCAGCAUCUAUGCGUGGGUCUCCAGAUCCCAAUCUGGCCCCGCUGAUCCGACAGAUUGCAGCAACGAUACAGAGACCGCCUCCAGAGGCGGCAACGUAAGCUGCCCACAGAUCUACGCGAAUGCAGACAACAUCGCGCAGCUGACCAACCUCGUAAUCAACCUACGGGAUGGACGCGUCAGCUCUUUUGUGUGGGACAAUGGCUGCAGCGGCUGCGCUCCCUCCAGAUGCAUGACAGGCAGUGAAAGUUACAAUGUGGAGGACUUCACUGCUGGAGCAUCUAUGUUCAAGCAAGGUACCUGCGGCAAGGCCAGGGACGACUGCAUAGGCAACCAGAAUGCCUGUGACUUGAAGAUCUUCGUGACCUGGGCAGGCACUGACAAGCAGGGGAGGAACCUUGUCUCGGCCGGGACGCGACUGUCGAAGCUGGCAGGGCCGACGCUGCGGUCGCUCUUCGAGACGAUGCAGGAGGGCUACAACAUGGCCUCUCAGGCCGUCACGUCGCGCUGA